AAACAAUGAACGUCUUUUCAAUUAUUAAGUCGUCUCCCACAACCCCUCUGUCUUUCUUCUUCUUCCUAUUGAUUUUAGCAUCCAUGGACACUCCUUCCCCGGACUGGUCCACUCUCCCAGAACACCUCCUCCACUGCAUCGCAAAACGCCUCCAAACCCGCAUCGAUACCCUCCGUUUCCGAGCCGUCUGUAAGUCAUUUCGAUCCUCAACUGCUCCUCCUUCAAAACCGUUUUCUCCCCGCUCCGAUAUCAAAAUUCAAUAUCCUCUACCUCUCACACCUUACCGCCACGGAAAUCUCCUCCUCGCCGAGUCCACAAUCUACGCCGUUGAAUCCCUCGACGCUUCGCCACAAACCACUGAAACAUGGCUUCUCAAACUCGAAGAAUUGAGCUCGGGCAAAGUCCGAGUUGGGGAUCCCCUCUUCAAGCUUUGCUCCGAAAAGUUCUCCCAAAUGUUGCCAAACUCAUUCAACUUGUUAGAUUAUCGUGUUAAGGAGAUAACUAAAGUUUACAGACUCGAGUUAGAGUCGAACAAAUUCGACCCUUCUUGUUUCAGAAAAGUGGCAGUUUCUAAUGAAAAUGAGCUUGAACUUGGAGUUAUGGCGUUAGUAACCGGAGGCAAAGUGGGAUUAUGGAGAAGCAAAAACAAAACGUGGACGAAUAUCGAUUUGGGUGGAAAUGUUAUGUAUUUUGAAGAUGUCACGUAUCAUAACAAGAAAUUUUUCGCCAUGGGUUCCGAUGGUCGUACUAUCACCAUUGAUCCUAAAUCUUUAAAGAUUAUCGAAGUUGCAGCUGCGGUUACGAAAUCAAAUCAUGGGUUACUCUCUUUGAUAAGAUCGUUCGACGAUUUGUUUUUGAUCGAUAAGUAUUGGUUAGAGAAGUUUAACAAAUUUGGCUUGGGUUCUGAUGAUGAGUUUUGCUCGGUUCGUGUGGACGUUUACAGGCUUGACGAAGAGAGGCGAGAGUGGAUAAAGGUGAGGGAUGGAUUGGAGGAAAAGGCGUUGUUUCUGGGUGAAAAUCAUUCGUUUUUUGUUGAGGGUGAAGGAUUCUCGUGGAGGAAAGGGGGUUGUAUUUAUUUGUUUGAUAGAGAUUUUUCAAGAUUGGAUUUUGAUUAUCCUGCUGUGAGUGUUGUGACCUUUGAAUUGGAGGAUGAUAAUGGCGGAUGGAGCUAUGGAGUUUCAAGCUUUUCCAAGAUUUUUUGGCCUCCACCCACUUGGCUAAAGCAGAAUUGAUUCCAGAUAGCUCCAUCGCCUGGAU